UUCGACAUAACGACGAGUUAUUUGGUGUGACGGAGUUGACUGAGCAGUCGACUUUUGAUGAAUUGAAGAGGGCUAUACAAGAACGUACCGGCAUUCCACCUAGGCAACAAGAACUAAAAUUUGGUUAUCCACCACGCGUCGCGUCAAUAAGUGGAACAGCCACUUUAUCCACUACAGGAAUCAAAAGUGGCGAUAUGAUCAUUUUGAAUGAGAUUUCUGCGGAACAUAAUGCGGCAGCGAUUACUAUUGAACUCGAGAAAAGAAAGUCUCGUGGAGAGGUUAUCUCUGUUGCUUCUGACCAUGGGGUUGUUGUGCUUAGGGAAAUGGAAAACGAUAAUUCUUGUCUCUUUCGUGCAAUUGGCAAUUAUGUGCUCGAGAGAUCAACCGGGUUGGCUCAAAGUUUACGACAAGUAAUAAUCGAUCACGUGCGAAACGAUCCCGAAACAUACCCGGACGUAUUUCUCGAGCGACCCCGUGGAGAAUACUGUAAUUGGAUUGCCCAGCAGAACAGUUGGGGUGGUGCUAUUGAACUCGCGAUAUUUUCGUCCCAUUAUAAAGUGGAAAUUCGAAGUGUUGAUGUGAAGACUGGGCGGAUUGAUCGAUAUGGUAUGGUGUCAAGGAAAAUACGAUCAAUGCGUGUAUUUGAUUUACAGCGGGAUCCGUACGUGAAAUUUUGGGAUUUCGGUGUAAUUAGAACAAAAAUACUAAAAAUAAUUUUUCUGUCAGAUUAUGAUGCAUUGGCAUUAACACCAUCAUUGGAAGCUAGUGAAGAAUACGAUCAGACAAUCUUCAAGCCUUCUGAGGAUUAUGUUAUUGGAUCUGCGAUUGCUAUUGCACGGAAGAUGAAACAGUUACACAAGUAUACGUAUACUGCUGAUUUCACAUUACGCUGUGGCCAGUGUGAUAAGGGAAUUAUAGGUGAGAAAGAAGCUACUCAACAUGCUCGAGAAACAGGCCACACCGAAUUUGCAGAAUACGCGUAA